AUGGUAGGUCUGUUGUUUUUAAAGAAAAGAUUGCCUGUUGUUGUUGUUGUUGUUCACCAUCACCUAUUUAUUUAUUUAUUUAUUUAUUUAUUUAUUUAUUUAUUUUUGAUAGAUAGAUAGAUAGAUUGAUUGAUUGUUACAUACAUACCCUACCUUUCCUCCAAGGAGCUCAAGGUAGCAUAUGAUUCUCCCUCUUCCCUUUUUAGCCUCACAACAACCCUGUGAGGUAGGAAAGAAUGAGAGACAGUGACUGGCCCAUGGUCAGCCAGUGAGCUUCAUGGCCCAGUAGAGCAAGGAUAGGCAAACUCGGCCCUCCAUACGUUUUGGGACUACAACUCCCAUCAUACCUAGCUAUCAGGAUCAGUGGUCGGGGUGAUGAGAAUUAUAGUCUCAAAACAUCUGGAGGUCCUAGUUUGCCUACGCCUGAAGAGAUGUGAACCCCAGUCUCCCAUGUCCUGGUCUGUUACUCUUACUAUCUAAAGGGUAUAACAGCAGGGGUUUUAAUGAGAUCAAAAGCAAAUAUUUUUGCUUUGAUAAUAAGUAAACUUUCCAAAGCCUGAACAUUGAAGAACUCUGGAUAAGUUUCCAUGGGAUAUCACAGUUCAGGGGGACUAACUAUUCCUUUUGAGCACAACACAGUGUAUGGUAGAUAUUGACCCACUACUUUUCCAGGGCAAUUUAUGAAGCUCAGUGUGACCUGCUGGGCCUCGCUACUGGCAAAGGCCACCAAAUAAAUAUAUCGCAGAACAGGGCUGCCAAAUAUUUUAUGGGGAGGGGGGCAAAGGGACCUCAGCCCUUAAGAGCUGGCUCCUAUGUUACAGAAUGUUUCUCUGAAAUUGCAGAUGGUAAAGAAGCUAUAUUUGGGGCAGCUUGCUUACCUUGACUGAUCGUUUCAUCACAGAACCUAAGCUUGAAAUCCCCUGAUCUGGAGAGAUACCCUUCUCUCCAUCUAUCUGACUCAGUGGUGUAUCAUUUGACAGAGGAACAAACCACUACAUGUAAGCUGUGCUGUGUUGCUGCAAAAGAUGAUUAAUCAUCUCAGAUGCAAGCAAAUUGGCUACAUCUCUGUUAAUUGGGCUGUGGCGUUUCUGUUGGCUACAAGUGACAGAAAAUGGAUAAAAUCUAUGUCUUGAUUCAACAUAGGCUCUCACCCGAACACAUAUUUACACGGUUCAUUAUCCUGAGAUAAUAGGCCCCUUAACUCACUUCAGUCUCUGAUCUGUUUACACAACCUGCAGGUUAAUCAAAAGCUGAAGGAAGUAGAAGGGAAGGGAAGGAAGGCCUGGAUAAUGAGAUGUCCUUGACUUCUCUGGUACCGCAAAAAUGUCUUGGUCAUCAUCUCAGGCAUUAUUUAGAUUUAUAGUUCAUCAGACCCAAAGGGGUCAAUGCAAGUAACAUUAUUUAGAGAGAGAAAGAAAAUGGUGUGAUUUCAUGUGCAGAUGAGACAAUAAAAGAAACCUUAGAUUGGCCCUGAACAUUGGUUACAAAUGAACACAGCAACAUAGGAAACUGGCUGAUUCAAAGUGAAAUAAUUGGGUCCUUCUAGCUCAGUGAUGACUAGCACUGACUGACAGAGGCUCUCCAGGAUUUGAGGAAGGAGUUAUUCUCUCAACCCUACCUGGAGAAACCAGGGAUUGAACCUAGGACUUUCUGUGUGUAAAGAAGAUGCUCAACCACAGAGCUAUGGUACUAAAUAUUAAACCUUGCAGAAGAAAAAGAUGGCUAGGAAAGACCCUUGUGAUUACCACCCACCCACAUGGUUGCUGCAUUGACUUCACGUAUCAGCCUCCCCAAAUCUUAAGCUUUUCACUUGAGGCUAGAGUGGCCAGAAAGGGGACAUGCAUCACCAAAAGAGAGGACAAAAGAGGGCAGGUGUUUCCAUAAAAUUUGCAUAUGCUAAUUUAUAUGUAUAUAUGCAAAUGUAGAAAUAAUUACUAGAAAACAGAAAAACAAUAAAUCUUGCAAUAUCCAGAAGCUAAUGGGGGAUAGGCAGGUUCAAGGCCCCUCCUGCUUUCUCUUCAUAAUGAUUCUUAAUCUUUAAGCCAGGCUUGGACCAAACAGCCCCUCAGAUAGAAGGACCAUCAUCCUUCCAAGCUGAAGUUCUUUUCUGAAUACCUUCCUUAUUUAUUUAGGAUAUUUAUUGCCUGCUCUUCAUCACAGAAGAAAUGGCCAAGACAAUUUAGCAAAGUCACCAAUAAAAGCUACAAAACAAUAAAUAAUAACCAUACACAAUGCAGCCAUCAGAAUCAGCAGAACUCAGUAAGUCAAGAGGCUCACACAAAGGUCCAGGGAAACAGGAAAUCCUUCCUUAAUGGAGGUAUGUUGUGUACUGUGGUACCUUGGGUUACAUACGCUUCAGGUUACAUACGCUUCAGGUUACAGCCUCUGCUAACCCAGAAAUAGUGCUUCAGGUUAAGAACUUUGCUUCAGGAUGAGAACAGAAAUUGUGGUCCGGCAGCGUGGCAGCAGCAGAAGGUCCCAUUAGCUAAAGUGGUGCUUCAGGUUAAGAACAGUUUCAGGUUAAGAACGGACCUCCGGAACGAAUUAAGUACUUAACUUGAGGUACCACUGUAUCUCCAACAGGAGAGAAACUUUUCUGCAGUGGCUUCCCCAGUCUAAAUGGCCUCCCCAAAGAGACAGGACAUAACGGCUGACAUUACCAUUUUUCCUCCACCAGGUUAAGGCAUUUCUAUUUGCCCAGGCAAAUAGAAGGGAAUGAAUCCUACUGUCCAAAGGCAAGAGGAACAUCUCAUUGUCAUGCUCGCUUUUGCAUCUAGCCCCACCCACUCCUUACAUGCAGCCCCCAGAAGGCUCCCACUGGAAAAUGCGGUCCUCAGACUAAAAAAGUGUUAUCUACUGCUGCUCUAAGGUAUCGUACCAUUGGCCCUGAGAAAUAUUGGAAAAUUGAGAGAAAACAAUUUCCUCUUAGCUCACAAAAAAAUGAGAGGCCGGCACCAACGCUUGCUAGCCUGUAACACUCUUCAGUAUCUCUACUGCACUCAGUUUAAAUUAAGUCCCCAUUCAAAAUAUUUCCCUGUCCUAUUUGCCUAUAACACUAGUAACAGUUGUUAGCAUCUGUCUGUCCUGAGAGACAACGGAGUGCACCUGCAGGAGCGAAAUCGAACCGCUGUGUUAGCAGCACCAAAGUGACCUUCCUGGGAUGCAAGCCUGGGCAGCGUGUAUGGUGGUCCUGGGCUGCCCAGACAACAAGACCACUGUUGCAGAUUUGGUCCAAAGGAAAGCAGAGCAAUAUGUUUGGAACCAGCUUGGCUGCAGGAGUUGCUGGAAGGAGGGAUGCAAGGUGCCAUCCAAUUGUCUUAGGGGCUCCAGAUUUGUGUAGGGUUUACCCCUUAGCCUUUUCUUCUCUGGAAGAUAUCUUGCAAGGCAGCAGAGGUUUAGGAUCAGAGUUUCCUUCUCCUAGAUGGCUUCCUUCCCAGGUUGGCAAGCCCCAUCUGUCCCUCACUUCCCUCUACAGCAUGUGUAGACACUGUCUUAUUGGCUGUUGGACCCACUAUUGGUCUUGAACGCUCUAUCCACCGGAGACUAUCUUCACAUGCAGGGGAAGUCACUGAGGGUUUAAGACCCAUUGGUUACCCUAGCAAUUACCCUAGUAACAAACACUACAGCAUUCCUAGCAUCACAUGGUGUACAACCUAGCCAAGAGCAACCACUUUUAAACUGGUUUGUUUUUAGUGCAGAAAGGUCCGUGCUUAGUGGUAGAGCAUCUCCCUUGUAUGCAGAAAGUCCCUGGUUCAAUCCUCAGCAUCUCCAGGUAUCCUCAACCUAAACCCUGGAGAGCGGCUGCCAGUCAGUGUAGGCAAUAUUGAACUAGAUGAGCCAAUGGUCUGACUUGGUAUAAAAAUGAUAUUUAUUGAAAGUUUAAAAAAUUACAAAAAAAAGAAAAAAGACAACAAUAAAAAAGAAAAAAGAAAAAAAAACAUAGAAAAGCAAUACAACAGUACAGCAAAAAGAAACAAAGAAAAAACUAAAACACACAUCCAAUAUUCCAUAUCUUUACCUUUCCUUUACUUGUUUCAUCGACCUCCUCACACCUCCCUUUUUUUGUAUUCUAGUUCAAUUCACUAUUUCAGCAAAUUCUUCCCAUCUUUCUCAAUUUUUAUUCUAUAAUUUAUCUUAACGGUCUAACCUUAUUUUUUUUCAUUUUAACCCGUUAUCAAUCAACUUUUACUUAAUUCUUUGUUACAUUUCUACUAAAACCUUAUAGCUUCAUUCCAGCAUCCUUCUAACACUCAUUAAUUUUACAAUGUUUCUGUAAGUAUACUUUAAAUUUUUUCCAUUCUUCUUCCACCGACUCUUCUCCCUGGUCUCGGAUUCUGCCAGUCAUUUCUGCCAGUUCCAUGUAGUCCAUCAGCUUCAUCUGCCAUUCUUCCCUGGUGGGUAGAUCUUGUGUCUUCCAAUACUUUGCAAUAAGUAUUCUUGCUGCUGUUGUAGCGUACAUAAAGAAAGUUCUAUCCUUCUUUGGCACCAGUUGGCCGACCAUGCCCAGGAGAAAGGCCUCUGGUUUCUUCAGGAAGGUAUAUUUAAAUACCUUUUUCAUUUCAUUAUAGAUCAUCUCCCAGAAUGCCUUAAUCUUUGGGCAUGUCCACCAAAGGUGAAAGAAUGUACCUUCAGUUACAUUACAUUUCCAACAUUUGUUAUCGGGCAAAUGAUAGAUUUUUGCAAACUUGACUGGUGUUAUGUACCACCUAUAAAUCAUUUUCAUUAAAUUCUCUUUUAAGGCAUUACAUGCCGUAAACUUCAUACCAGUGGUCCAUAACUGUUCCCAGUCGGCCAUCAUAAUAUUAUGUCCAACAUCUUGUGCCCAUUUAAUCAUAGCAGAUUUCACCAUUUCAUCUUGAGUAUUCCAUUUCAACAGCAAGUUAUACAUUCUUGACAAAUUCUUAACUUUAGGGUCUAACAAUUCUGUUUCCAAGUUUGAUUUUUCCACCUGGAAGCCUAGUUUUUUAUCCAAGUUAUUGAGGCAUCAGAUCAAGGCCUGCAUUUUAAAAUGAGCUUAAAAAAUAUAUUUGCAAAUGUUUGUAUGUUUCAUGCCAGAGAUAAAGCAGCUGGCUGAGUACUUUGGCAGAUGCUUAUCUUCUUGAUCAAGGCCCCCCCCCCCGAUCUAUAGCAGUGCCUCAGGGUUGUAAAAGGAAAUUACAGGCUGGGAGCAAAAGGUCAUAUUGACCAUACAAAUUACAGAACACAAGCUGCAAAAACACAAUUAAGAGUUGGUAAAUAGUGAGAUUUAUUGUUUAACAGAAAAUAAUACUAGGUGCCUCCCAUUAGACUUGAGCCACAUAUUCCUAAGGUUAAAGGGCAAGAGCUAAUAGAAACAGCAGCUGGCUUGAAAGGGGGGUGUAAAUUUAAGAGGUUGCUUUUGGAAACUGUUUUUACUAAGUUCCUUUCCUUCUAAAAAGCUAUAUAUGUUAUGUAUGAAAUAUAUUGGCUUAAAUGUAAUUAUGCAAAGGAUUUAGAAAGUAAGAAAUGUUAGAUUCUUAUGUUAGAUUCUUAUUUCAUUGAUGGUGUGUGAGAAGGUGAACCCAAGAUCUCUGUUUAAGAUAAAAAUUAAAACCAUUAGCCAUCUGUUUUGGAGUGAAUAGGGCAAUAGGGCAAUAGGGCAAUAGGGCAAAGAUGAUCUGAUAAUUAAGGUGCCUGGUCGAGGCAAAUGUAAGAUAUAUGGCUACUUGUCUGCCAUUUAUGGAUAGAAGGAAAUAUAGCUCUUUGUCUCCCAUAAAAAGUAAUAGGAAAUGGGUGUAUCUUUUAUGAUUGGUUCUAGCAAACAGCCAAUAGGAAUUUCAACCAGGCUGAUUGGACAGAGGCAGCCAAAGGAGGAGCAAGGGGGCUGGGCUGAGGAAAUAUAAGUGCUGGCCAUCAGGGCUGGAGUGGGCAGAGCUUUGGUAUCCAUAUACCACUGUGUCUCUCAUUUAUUUGUCUGACAAAUAAAUUAUUAUUUUAAUUUCUCUAUUGCUGCGUUGAAUAUUUCAUUCCAGCUAAGCGUUAACCACAAGCAGGGUGCUACAUUAUAUGCCUCCAUUAUUUGAUAAUAAUGGAGCCAAUCUCGUACUCUGUUUUUUAAUUUUUCAAAGCUCUGCAGUUUUAAUCUGUCACCCUCUUGUUCCAAAAUUUCCCAAUACUUCGGCCAUUUGGCCUCCAUAUUGAGUUUUUUCUGAGCCUUUGCUUCCAUUGGUGACAACCAUCUUGGGGUUUUAUUUUCUAACAAAUCCUUAUAUCUUAUCCAGACAUUAAACAGUGCUUUUCUUACUGGUCUGACUUGGUAUAAAGCAGCUUCCUAUGUUCCUAAUUUGUCCACUGUGAUCCAUGAGACCUCAGCCAUCAUGGCAAACAUUUUUGGGUUAUUUUGUUGCCCGGUCACCACUAAUCCAUGUAGCCGUUCUGGUUUUCUGUUAACAUUCAUCUCUGAAUUGGUCCAUAAGAAGUUAAUUUGACACCAUCUGCCAUUCUUCCUGGUGUCUUCUGUGCUGUGAGUAAUUUAAUUUGUUCUGUUCUCUGUUUCCCCCACAUUUUUCAAAGCAAGCUAUUUGUUCCAGAAUUUCAAAGUGCAACAAUGCAUCUGUAACAAUUUAUAGAACUCUGCCAUGCAAAACUGACCUUCUCAGAAGCUUCUAUUGGAGUUACCCAAUAAUUCCCUCCCCUAUGAAAAUCAAUUACUUUUGAAGUUACUUGUGCUUACUUCUGAAAUUUAAACCAACCAUCCCUUCAAUUCAUGUCAUAUAAUAGAUACCAAAAUUAUUGCAGGCAUCAAACAAAGCAAUUUCAGACAGUAGCAGGAGAAUGGCAAAUGUUACAGAAAGAAGAAAGAGCAUUGAAAAGUAUUUCAAGAGCACUAAGCAAAAUGUUUUAGAAGUUCCUACAAGGAUGUAUUUGGACAGAAGGCUUCCUGAGAACCCAGCGGAUGCUGCUCUGAACUUCAUAGGUAUGCAUGGUGAUACAUACAACCUAGGAAGCUGUUGCAUCCCCCACAGUGGCUUCUUAGCAGUUCCAGAAUAAACCUUUUGUCCUUUAUAACUCUCUACAGCCUUGUUGACAUCCCUGGUCUUAGCCUUUGCUCUUUGUAUCACCCUAAACUCACAAAGCUAUUCUGAUUUGUCUCAACGCUUUGUCAGGGGACGGGUCAUAGUGCAGUGCUAAAGGGCGUGGAAAAAACAUCCAUGUUUGGUCUCUGCCAUCUCCAGGUAGGGCUCGAAAACCACAUUGAUCAAUGGUCUGAUUCAGUAUAAGGCAGCUUUCUAUGUAUUUUCCUAGGACUCCAUCAUUUCUCUCUUGCUGUCCACGAUCCUCAGAACUCAUUCCCCACAACACCUAUCUGACAACACCUCUCUUUUACUUCAAAUCCCUGAUUAAGGCCCACCUUUUCUGUGAGGGUUUGACUUAAGAUUAUUAUUAUUAUUAUUAUUAAUCUUGCUGUGCUUCCGGAAGGAGCUCAGGGCAGCAAACAGUUCCACAAUUUUAAAACGAAAACAUUCUAGAACAGUUAAAACAUUCCAAAAACAAUGAAAGUUAAGAACAACCAAGAGCAGUCACAGUAUAAAGCAUUUUAAAAGGCAUUGAUUGCAGUAAAAAGUAUUAUUUCAUCCUGUGAUCCUGGAGUUGUACUCCAAAUGCCUGGGUAAAAAACAGGAAUGUUUUCAAAUUCCUCCUGAGAGUUAAUUAUGAUGGAGACAGACAGGCCACACUAGAGAGGGUCUUUCACAAAUGGAGAGCCACCACUGAAAAGGCCCUGCUAUAGGUCAGCUUCAACCAGAGAGCUCCCAGUGGCAGCGGCACCAACAAGGCCUCACCAGCCAACUGUAGGGUCUGAGGUGGCUGUAUUUAGUCCUCAGCUGCAACUGAAAUUAAGCCUAGGUGUGUGCAAGUGCAUCUGCUUGCAAAUGACUACCUUGUGAGCACUGCCUCUAUAUUCCCUCAGUUAGAUACUAAACUGUCAGGGGAUGGGAACUCCUUUUUUCCUUAGUGACUCCACAGUGUAAAGUGCCAUGCACAGUCAUGGUGCAAUACACAAACACAACAUUUUAAACUGGGCUUCCCAAAUUUAUUUGUCCCUCACGCUCAAGCGACUAAAAUGACAAGAGAAAACACACAUGCCCACAGUCACCAUAUUAUGUUCACAUAAGUCUCACAGGGGCCAUGACAUGUUAGAUAGCUUGGAGAAACAGAAAUUUCCUGAGUAGGGUACAAGGCUGGCAGAAAAGACAGGGACUUUGCCACAAGGUGGAGCUUCCACCACAAUUCUGCAAAGUGGAAUGUAUUCCAAAAGAGCAAAGUGUCUGCAACAUAGUCCACAGAUCUUGCAACAGUUGUGACUUCUUACCAUUUCGUUAUGUCGUGAGCUUUUGUGCACACAGUGGGAAGAAGUUUUAAGUUACGGCACUAUUUAUUCUCUUAGAGCUUGUGCAGUUUUAAGGGAUGCUUUAAUCACAGCGAAGGCCAACCAGGUCCUUCACUUAAUGAGCAUUUGUGACCUGCUUCAAACUCUGGUUAAGAAUUCUGACUAAUAUGAAUGGAUACUGGAUAAGCAGGGAACCUGGCUUGUUCACUGGGAUGUGCCAACAUAUCCCUUAACCACAGUUAUGGUGGGAGAAGAAAUUCACACUGGUGAGGGUCUGGAUGGACAGUAUGUCUGUGAUCUUGCAGCUCUGGGUUCCAUUGAUGGAAGAAAGGUCAGAUAUAAAUUUAAGAAAAUAAAUAAAAAUAUGUAGUGAAGGAAAUCAGCCCUGAGUGCUCACUGGAAGGACAGAUCCUGAAGCUGAAACUCCAAUACUUUGGCCACCUCAUGAGAAGAGAAGACUCCCUGGAAAAGACCCUGAUGUUGGGAAAGAUGGAGGGCACAAGGAGAAGGGGACGACAGAGGACAAGAUGGUUGGAUAGUGUUCUCGAAGCUACCAGCAUGAGUUUGACCAAACUGCGGGAGGCAGUGGAAGACAGGAGUGCCUGGCGUGCUCUGGUCCAUGGGGUCACGAAGAGUCGGACACGACUAAACGACUAAACAACAAGUGAAGGAAACUCCCUCAAAACUUUGCCAUCAUCCCUUACCACUUAUGAGAUGGUACUGAAUCGGAUCUGCAAUGAAUUCUUCCUACUGCCCUCCCAAAAAUGCAUUGCUGUUUUUUCUACAUCUGUCUGUGUUUUAUCUGGAAGGUAGUCUACAGAUCUUGGGUUUAGGUUGUGUGGUAGAAUGAGGUUGUUUCACAUGUAUCUCUCAUAGUUAUGAAUUGAGUACAGUAAGUACAAUGAAAUAGUUAUAUUUCCUCAGGAUUUUUCCUUAUAAGUGAUGUAUGUACAGGGAAGCAUAGUUUCUAGUUGUGCAUGAAGUAUUGAAUACUGGUCAUAAAAAGAUGGCGGCACAAGUAAUGUUGCUUAAGGCUUUAUAUGGAGGUAUUAAUGCAAAAGAGAAAGGAUCUCAAACUCAAUGCGACCUUGUAUCAGUUUCAAGGUUGUCAACAUCACUUGCUGUGUUAUACAAUAUCCAUUGUCCUUAUAAAACAAUAAAAAGGACACCACAAAGAUUUCUGCAUUAUUCUUAUUAGCAUGGUUAUGUUUUGGAAUGUAAUUAGUUUUCGUGUAACAUUUUCCACGACAUUGAAAGAAUGGGAUGUUUUACUCCAAUGGUCUCUUUGGUCUUGAUUUGAAAAGCACAUUAUUCUGUUUACAGCUUGUUCCCUUUUAAAGGACACUGAUGAAUGGCUUUUGUGUGACCCACCAUAGGCCCAUUCAGAUUAACGUUUAACUAGAAAAUGCCUGUUCAAGUAAAAAAGGACAAAAAUCUUCACUUUCAUAUCAAUAAAAAGUAAGGCAAAAAAAUUAUAUUAAAAGGAAAAACCCUGGAAGCUACAGGCAGUAUUGGAUAAAAGAGUGAACUUUGUUUUACACCAUACUCAUUCACGACACACAGCAAAUUACAGCAGAUGAAAGCUAUUUGCCAUUGACUGGGUGAUGAAAGUUCAGCUCUGACUUUGCUGAAAAGUGAAGUCCGGCCACUGAUGUGACACAUGCAGCUUUCUCCAGGCUUUUGCAGCUUGCGUGGCAGAUGUGCCUACUAGCAAACUGCAAGGUACUUCUGCUUCAGUUUUUUCCUGGCCAACCAAGCUAUGUUUCCUUUUCUCCCAGCUACAUCUGUACUAUGGUCUGGGUGCCAUAUUUUAAGAAGGACAUUACCAAACUCGAGUUUUUCUGGAAGAGGCUUGCCAGGAUUGGGUAUGUGUAUUGGGUAUUGAGGGACACGGGUGGCGCUGUGGGUUAAACCACAGAGCCUAGGGCUUGCCGAUCAGAAGGUCGGCAGUUCGAAUCCCCGCAACGGGGUGAGCUCCCAUUGCUCAGUCCCUGCUCCUGCCAACCUAGCAGUUCGAAAGCACGUCAAAGUGCAAGUAGAUAAAUAGGUACUGCUUCAGCAGGAAGGUAAACGGCGUUUCUGUGCGCUGCUCUGGUUCGCCAGACGUCAUGCUGGCCACAUGACCCAGAAGCUGUACACUGGCUCCCUCGGCCAAUAAAGCGAGAUGAGCGCCACAACCCCAGAGUCGGCCACCACUGGACCAAAUGGUCAGGGGUCCCUUUACCUUUCUUUUAUGUGUGGAGUCCAAAGCAGAACAAUGGAAAGGACGGGUAUGCUUAAGCAGGGGAAGAGUAAGGGGAGACAUAAUAGCAGUUUCCAGGUAUCUGAAGGGCUGUCAAUUAAAGCACACUGCUACCCUGCAAAUAAUCCUGGGCUUUAAAAGUGUCCAGGUCAGGCUUGGGCUUCAUUGGUUAACUGUCAGCUUGGCCUUGCCUAUCAGGCUCUUAUCUGUCUAGACUGUAAUUCCAAUGCCAGCUGAUCACCAUUAGGUUUCAGUACCACAGUUUCAUGUCUCCAGCUGACUCCAAGGCUGCCUAUGAGCCAGCAUCACAACACCUGUGUUUGAGACCAGGCCUGUAAGUGCACAUCAUAACAAGGACCGGAGCAGAUGACAGGCCCAUUUUAUGCUUCAGAUGGAGAUUUAAAAGCCUAUGUGAGAUGGCAACUCUCUCUCAUGCUUCGGACAGGCUGGUCACCCCCUCUUUUUGUUCAUUUGUUUAAGAGCUACAUUUACAUUUAAGCAUUACCAAUGACUGCACAAAGUAUGCCUUAGUGAGGAGCAAUAAGAGGAGCAUUUAGGAGCAGAGCAGAGCUCUGUAUAUAGUGCUAUAAAGAUAAUAGCUAUUCUUAUAGAACUACAGCUCCAUCCUAACCAUGCCUAUUCACAAGUGAGUCUUCGUCAAUGGGGCUUACUCCCACGUAAGUAAGGUUAGGACUGCAGCCUUUGGGAUCUGCCAAAUCUACACAACUCUAUUAUGUUCAGCAUUAAGGGAUGGGCAUUAAAACAGUUAAGGGGCAGAAACGGCUCGAGAGAGUUUGGUAAGGAAUAAGUUGCUCCCUUGUUCUCUUUUGCAUGGCGAGUUCCCGCCCCCCACCAGGAUAAAUAAAGACACAAGACACCAUAAUUUAAGGUUAAAUGGGCGAAUUAGGCCACAACUUUAUUGAAUUCAGGAAUGAGAGGCAUUGGCUUAGGCAUUGGUCCUAACGACUAUCCGGCUCCAGCCCAUUUGCUGGAGACACGGGAAGGGUUAACACCAUAGUGGGGGAGUCUCCUGCUGAGGCACGUCAACUAGGAGCUCCCCCGGGUCACCGCUCGGGGGCGUGCCUUUGGCCCACACCUCCAUAGGCUUCGGACAGGGCCACGCCCCCCGGAGUCCUUUAUCGGACCACCCUUCGUUCACUGGGGGGAGGUGAUGGCGUUCCUCCCCCCCCCACAUCCUCUUAACCCCUUCUUGCCAAUGCCUAACUGCCAAUGCCGAGGAGUUGUGACAAGUUGCUACGAGGUAGGCGAAAAACCAAAUGGCUGUAAAUUGCCAAUUGGGAAAAAUUCCUACCAUGCCCCUUGCGGCGACAGACCGAAGUCCAUAGCAAAGUCAGAGACCUACCUAAAGCCUACCUAAAGGGAGGGUGGGAAAACGUGGGGGCUAGCCGGCGAGAAGAGGGCGAGCCCUGUCCACGCUGGCCCUAAAUAGGGCAGGCCACGCCCCCCCAGCCAGCCGAUUGGCUGGCUGGGGGGGACGACACGGCCGGUAUUCCCUUGCUCUCGUGGGGGCUGAAACCAGCCCCCGCUCACUUGAGGGUGGGCGUGAAGCCCGCAACCCCACCUCCUGGGCAGGCCGGAAGUGGCUUUGCGUGGCGAGUUCCCGCCCCCCACCAGGAUAAAUAAAGACACAAGACACCAUAAUUUAAGGUUAAAUGGGCGAAUUAGGCCACAACUUUAUUGAAUUCAGGAAUGAGAGGCAUUGGCUUAGGCAUUGGUCCUAUUGACUAUCCGGCUCCAGCCCAUUUGCUGGAGACACGGGAAGGGUUAACACCAUAGUGGGGGAGUCUCCUGCUGAGGCACGUCAACUAGGAGCUCCCCCGGGUCACCGCUCGGGGGCGUGCCUUUGGCCCACACCUCCAUAGGCUUCAGACAGGGCCACGCCCCCCGGAGUCCUUUAUCGGACCACCCUUCGUUCACUGGGGGGAGGUGAUGGUGUCCCCCCCCCACAUCCUCUUAACCCCUUCUUACCAAUGCCUAACCGCCAGGGAUCUGCCAAAUCUACACAACUCUAUUAUGUUCAGCAUUAAGGGAUGGGCAUUAAAACAGUUAAGGGGCAGAAACGGCUCGAGAGAGUUUGGUAAGGAAUAAGUUGCUCCCUUGUUCUCUUUUCCUUUCAUAGCUAGUGCUUUUGUUUCCAGGACAGGAUGCAAGCCUUUCCACCUUUUAUUACAACCUGCUGCUGCAUCAGUCUUAAACAAUAGGCUUUAAAAGGCGUAACUUCUCAUUCCUAACGGUUCUAACUGUCAAACACACAGAGAGAGACUGCUUUGACACCAGGCACUGCAUAUAUUUAAAAGCUGGCAACAAAUUCGUAUUACGCUCCAGUUGCCAAUCAGGCAGAGGAUCUGCUUUGUCUAUUUCACAGGAACGAAGAGUGAUGUUAUUUUGGCAAGGCAUUUCAGGAUUUAUGCCAGGAGAACCGUCAUCAAGUAAGAUAACAUAUAUAAGCAGCCUCAAAAGCAGCCAGUGUUCAAGGCCAUCAACACCAAGGCUAUGAGCACAUUGUCGGCUUACAACACAGCUAGGUUGUUCUUUUUCUCAAUUUGGAUCAAAGCUGGUUUGGGGAAAAAUUCAUCAAAGCGCAAUGUUUCAUAAGAAACGACAGGAUAGGUGUGGAUCGUGGCUAAUAUCACGUGUACACCAAUUCCCAAACUGAGAGCACUAGGAUGCAGAGUAAACACAGUUGUGUACACAGCCCAAGACACUAUGAGUGCCACUUGCAGCUGCUCAAACUGCUGCCUGUUUGAUUUACUCAUCAAGUGCCUUUUGCACUUGUGUUUAACUUUGAAAUACAGGUGGAGCCAGAAGUCUAGGAACAGAACUCUAGACUUAGUGGUCACCUGUCCUCAGCGGUGUAGCUAGUCACUUGGGUGCCUGGUGUGGGGGCGUGUCCUGCAGCUGGGGGCGGGAUGAGCCGCCCAUGGGGGCGGGGCGAUCCAUGCCCAUGGGGGUGGGGUGAGCCUCUCUGCCGCCUCCCCCUCAGCUGUAGGGCGGCUGAGGGAGAGGCAGUAGGCAGAUGCAAGUCCCACACUGCCGUUUCAGGCAGUGCAGAACCUGCAGGCACCUAAGUCACCGCGUCACUCCUAAAAAGUUCCUUGAGCCUAAUUUUUUUUUAAAACUCAUUUUGUCACCCCCCCCUCCGUGAUGACACCUGGGGUGGACCGCACCCCCCUUCUUCCGCCACUGCCAGUCCUGCCCCAACCUUCAGUUGCUUCACAUCUUGUGGCGGAUGGGGUGGGGUGCUCCUGCUAAUUCUAUUGAGCGAGGCCUUGGACUUCUUCCCCAAAGCUCUUGUAGUGGGGCUCUAAUUACUAGAUGAGUGGCAGCAUAGCAGGCUGAGUGAUCCUAAUACUUCAAUAUGCCAGGGAGAGAGUAAUACACCACUGCUACACUAACAGCCUAUCAGGCCAGUUCUGGCACAGUGUGUGUCGUCGUGGCACAUUCUGGGUUUCUUCCAAGAUCGUGCCAAGGAGAAUGUUCCAUUGGUGCAAAGAUUUCUCCCUGCUCAACGGAAUGUUUUCCCUCUCCCCUCGCCUUGAUGCCACAGAAGAUCCUACGGCAGGAAUGGAAUAGAAGGUGUUUUUGCUUUAAAUGUAAAACAAAUGAACAGAAAAGUCCAUCAGGCUGCAAUUAUUGUUGGAAGUGCAACUGCAGAUAGUGUGACUUAAGGGUUAUUUUUGUUAGUUACAGUUACAGUCAACUAGCUGGGGGUGGGGCAGGUGGAGGUGUUGCUCAUCAAACCAUGCAGAGUGGCAUGAUGCUUGCCAAUGUGGCACUGUGCCCUGAUUGGCUGUAUAGUUCUGAAGGAGUUUUCCUCUGCAUGUUUGGUUGAAUGCUUCCUUGUUAUGUACAAAACCUCAUGUAAGAAAGACAAAGACCCUCUGCUCCUUUCUCCCUCAAAUUAUACAGUUUUUGUUCAGGUUCUUCAGUAAUAUGUAACCAGGAUUUAUUUUCUUUCUGAACUCAGACUGUGUUAUUUGUGAACAAUUGUAGGCACACUUACUAGGGAGCAAUGCCCAGUGACCACAGUGGGACUUCCAGAGGACACAUGUUUGGUUUACUUAACUAUUUUCAUUGAGAAUACAAAGAGAAAGGUGUAAAGCUUGUCUGUUCUGCUGCAAUGUUUGAGAAAUGUAUGAUCACGUGGUCAAAUUUUUUCACUGAUUCCUAGCACACUGCAUGGAAUCUGCUGCAUCAUGAUUGCUAGGUUAUAGCUGACAGAAUGGCACAGUAUGGUGGAGGCGGGGGAAUCCCAGCAGUUCUAUUAAUUUACAGCUCUUCUUGUUGAAAUUUCUAUUCUCUCGAGUUAGAUAUUGACACAUGCACACUCUCGAUCAAAACUGACAGCAGGUUCCACAAUCAAUCGCAAAGUGACCAGAACACUGAAAUAGGUAACGAUGCAGUCCUAAACAUGACUAGUCAAAAGCAAUUUCUACUGAAUUCAAUUAGGCUUACACCCAAUGAAGUGGGGUUAGGAUUGCAGCCUAAGGCACUAUUCCAUAUUUGGUUUAACUUGUGCAUUCUUGUUGCCUAAACAAACCACAUCCAUAUUUAACAUCAGCACUGAUGCCUACAACUAAAAGCCACAACUAUGACCCACUGCAUGUACUAAGCUGUGUACAAACAAGAAUAGACAGUCAUUGCUGUCAGCAGUAUGUUCUCCCAGAAUAAAAGUGACAGAGAACACAAAUUCACCAGGAAUCUCUUCUAUACAGUUCCCAGUUGAAAUAAAAGUGGGGUGGAGGGUAGUUGUCUAGUAGUGUAGAUGUGUGUUUGAGCUCAAAGAGAUUGUUGCUGACUGGUCUCCUGCAUAAAGUAGGUUAAAAGUUAUUUAGUGUGUUCAGUCAUAUAUUUUAAAACAUUUAUAGCCAUAGAUGCACUAAUAUUCAUUUAUUUAAUGAGAGUACUUUUAGCUUGCACUUCAUCAUAUGAUCCCAGAGGGGGUACAUGCAAUUAAAAAACACUAAGAGCUGUUCCAGUGCAUCAAAAAGAGCUGGUAAAAACAAAACAAACUCAAUUUCAAUGCAAAACAUUAUUACAAUUACAGGGGGGGAACCUACAGCGCACAUGAGUGACCAAGAAAUGGCAAACAAAUGGGUACGUCUUUACCUGAUGCUAAAACCCAUAAUAUUCCCCUUUCCACUGUAUUACCAAGAGCUGGCUGACUCAAUCUACAAAAGAAUAUUGGCUUCACUUAACACUCCUACUUACAAUGUAUUUCAUGCUAAUUGCAUACAGAGUACGACAUGAUGCACAUAUUUGUUGUGGGUUAUGCCAAAAUAUUAUUCGUCAGGCAUGCAUUAUGUUAUUCCUGAAAUAAGUUUUCAACCACAGUUUUUAGGUAGCAGAAAUUCUACUUUCUAGUGGAAAGCAAUAUCAUAGAGUACUGGAUAGAAACAAAGCAAUUUAAAAAAUGAAAUGCAACGAAGACAUUCAUUUAAAAUCCUUUCCUUUGCAAUGUAGCGAAGCCGGACCAUAUUACCCAUGUAUUCCAGACAGCUCCUCUCUAUUAACCUUUUGAAAUGGCAGUCCAAAAGCACAGCCUCCAUUCUGCUUUGCACAGUGAAAAGACCCCCUUUUCUGAUUUGUACUAUCGUUUCCUAAGACGGAAACCCGCCCAUAUGGGGCAUCUGACGUUAGGAGCUUGGAAAAACAGGCUUCAAAAGUAAGCAGACAAUGUUAGGUCACUUUUUUCACAUUUCUGGCUUUUGCAAAUUGGAGGGCUCUUUUCAUCUUCCAUUUCAAGGGAGAUAGUUGUGGCCUGUUGCUUUGUUUAAACCACACGAAUAAGUCCCAUCCUCCACAAAGGAAAAACCAGACCACUCAGACAAUUUCCCAAAACAAAGUGCAUACAAUCCUUUCCUGCAAACCAGAACAUUAUUCUUGAACAGGCAACCUUCCGCUGUGAUCCACUUCAGCCUAGCUCUAAAUACCAAUGCUGAAAAAGCGACCUUUUCUUACAAGCCCUUCUGCAAUCUGCCUACCUUUUUGGAGCUUACCUUCCACGCGAUGGAGGGGCAGGCUGCCAAGGUGAAGGUAACUUUCUCUGUCACCACAUUGAAUGUGACGCGAAACAUGACGGCUCAUACUCAUGUGGUCCCGAGGCCCAGGUCAGGGAAAAAAGACAGCAACACUUGUCUCCCCUGCUCCAGAGCAGGCUGGCUGCGCACUCGUGCCACACUGCACUCACGCAUUCGGCAACCCCCUAACCUAUUGAUCGAAGCAGGAGCCUCAGAGUGCUGUGUAGGCCCCACUAUUCCUCAGCAGCCUUUCUUCGUGUGUGUGUGUGUGUGUGUGUGUGUGUGUGUGUGUGUGAACUAAUCAGAUUAGCUGGUUUUACCAGUCUGAGUGGAGACUAACAGGUUAGCCAAACAGUUUGCAUGGGGGAAGGGAGGAGAGAUCCGAGUACAGAAAUCAAACUGGUGCAUUUAUUAAAGCAGGGGAAAACAGACCUCCUUUGAGAAUCGCUCCUUUGUCUCUCCUCUCAGUGUUGACACAGAGCCAUGACAUGCAUUGUACAUUUACACAUGCUCUGUGGGGAGCUGGGCUUCUCUAUGGGCCUUGUCUCAAAAUCUGAGCGGCUGCUCAGCGCUACCAAAGUCUACUGAGGGGUGACCUUUUUUCUCAUGGGAUCUGGCUCUUGAAGGUAGGGAAGGGCAUCUGUCAAUUUGGGUUUCUCUUAUGUUUCUCAUUUCCCCAGUCUUGAGUUCUCUACGUUUCCACUUCAGUUUGUGAUUAAAAAAAAAAAAAAAAGUCCUCAUGAGAAUCCAGUGAAUUUCUCCUAAUGUUUACUUGCAAUUUUGCCUAAUAUACACAUUUUAGCAAAGUGAAUUCCUCUAAUAUAAUGCAUUUUAAUGUUAUUUUCACUAAAAUAAGCAUGUUUGUUUGUUUACAUCCAUACUCCACCUUUUGUCCAAGGAGCUCAGGGAAAUGUACACAUUUUCAUCCCCUCUUCAUUUUAUACUCACAACUAUCCUGUGAGGUAGGUUAGACUGAAAGAUAGUGACUGGCCCAAGGUCACCCAGUGGGUUCUUAGUUGUAUGGUGAUGUGACCAUGGUCUCCCAGGUUCUACUCCAGGACUGUAACUACUACGACAUACAGGGUCUUACACACACUUCACCCCAGUAUAUUCAGGUUUGUACACUACUCGGUUGGAGAAUAGCAUUGCAAAACUCAGAGAAGUGUGAAUUUCAAAGGAUGGCUGCAUUUCAGUUCAAGAACUGUUUUGUGAAUUAGGUAGGUUCACCUUUGAAUGUGAACCAGAUGAAAUUUCUUUCCCCUCCCUCCUUACUGGUGACCUUUAAUCCUGGACCUUGGGUACUUGCACAAAUAAAUCUGUGUUAAUAUAGUGAGAAUGAAAAACUCUCUCUGCAGUAAUAUUGGUAAUGCCAUGUGAUUAGUUCUGUUCAGUGCUACACAGCAUUAUUCACACUUGGUAAAAAUGUACAUGAGAAUAUCUAACCGACACUCACUCCAGGCAUUGACCGCCUCACAUAUCAUUUGUGGAAAACUUACAAUCAUUCCUUAGAUAAUGUGUUAGAAUAUAAUUAUACUGAUAACAACAUGCAUUUUGCCCAAGUAGUUAACCUAGUCAGACAAUGACUUUUAAACAUGCAUUGUAUUGUGGACCAUUAAUCUGGUUUCCAUUAUUCUUUUUAAACCAACACAUCUACUUUCAUUAGGGAUGUGGCUAAGAGACAUAGUAAGGAAAAAGAAAUUAUUUGGUUCUAAUCUCACCUCUGUCACAUGGGCCUUUUUGGCUGAACAGCACAGAAAUUUUAAAAAACGUAACUUUAAUAAUGAUCUCACUAAGUGCCCUUUGUCAAGCCACCACCCUCUCAGCUUCAGUCCUCUUAAUCUGUAGCAUAGGGAUAAUAAUACUAAUUAACAAUAUCCAAGUUGCAAUGAGGAUUACAAAAUACUGCAUGUAAUAUUUAAAUACCCCCAAAGCCCUGGAUAAAUGCUAAGGAUUAUUAUUUUUCAGUGGCUUUCAAAUUAUAUCCAUAUUAUAUUAUUAAUGCACAUGUCUUCCCUUAAAUAAUCCUUGGUACUACUGUUUUACCCCUUGAGGAGCUACAAUUCCCAACACCCUCAAACUACAGUUCCAAGGAUUCUUUAGAAGAAGCCACGUGCUCUAAAUGGGCUACCUUCCCAGGUUGAUGAGCCACAUCUGCCCCUCACUUCCCUCUGCAGCAUGUGCAGAAACCGCCUUCUUGACCAUGGGACCCACUAUUGGUCUUGUCCGCUCAAUCUACCAGUGCUUCCAAAACAGAGGAGGGUGCAGGACAAGUUGUAGCCUCGGCAGAGUCCAAGGGCCAGAUAGAGGGGCUUGGAGGGCCACAUUUGGCUCCCAGGCCUGUGGUUCUGCGGCCCUGUUUAAGGCAGCUGCAGGUUACUAUUUUAUUAUGCAUCUUAUUUAUACAUAGGCAAGCCUGUAGUUCACAGAAGGCUCAGCAUCCUCUCCUUACUCUUUGCCUUCUAUGCUCACCUGUCCUACUCUAUCCCUCUGAAGAUGGUAUAAUAAGGCUCUCCGGCUGUUUCCAGCCUUGCGAGGAGUCCACCUGUCAGGUUUUCUGGGCUGCCUGCAAGGGAGAUUUUCCUUGUUGCAUCUCCCAGCACGCUGGAACCGAAAUAGCAGCUGAACACCCUGGGAUGCCACAGUAAUAGCUGAAUGUGUCUUGCUGAAUAUCCUUUGCCCAUCCGUAUGGAUUAAGCUACGCUGUUUUUGUCAUUGCAUGUUUAAGUACAGCUCCCAAAGUCUCCCUCCCUCAAGCAGUUUAAUCUUUGAGAAAUCAAUUUGGAUUAGCACAGAAAUGUAGAACAAGGUUACCAAGUAGGGGAAACCCACUAACCCAUUUUCAAAGCAAAUUUUCAGAAAUAACAUAAGAUACAAGGAGCAAGCCAAUCCCUUAAGGGAAAGCUGAAUGUCAUAGGUUGCAGCCAGAUCUCCCAUGUAUAAAGCUUCCUUUUCUUGAGUCAUUUCCUUAUCAUCUUUCCUUCCAGGAGCCACUGUGGUGUAGUGGUUAGAUUGUUGGGCUAGGACCUGGGAGACCAGAGUUCAAAACCCUGCUCAGCAAUGAAGUGCACAGGGUGACCUUGGGCCAGUCACCAUCUCUCAGCCUAACUUACCUUACUGUGUUGUUGUGAGGGUAGAAUGGAUAGGUGGGAGAACCAUGUAUGCCACCCUGAGCUCCUUGGAGAAAAGGUAGGAUAGAAACGUAAUACAUAAUUAAAUAAACAUUCAUCAGUUGAGGAACUAACAGGAAGUGCUGUGACAGACAGUCUACAGAAAGUUAAUGCCAUGCAACUGAUCUGCUCCUCUUUAAGGUAUGCUGGCUGGGGCUGAUGAGAUCUGUAGCCUAAAACAACUGGAGGGCAGAGGUUGGCAAAGGCAGGACUAGAGGUUCCAAAAAGAUUGCAAAUAGGUGUGGUGGAAGAGGGAGCCCCUGCUUCAUUCCUUUGUGCAGUGCCACCACUGGUCGCCAGCUCAAAUAGUUAGCACUCACCACUGCUUCCGAUUACUUGUAAAGGUACAGUGGUGCCUCGCAAGACGAAAUUAAUUCGUUCCGCAAGUUUUUUCUUCUUGCGAGUUUUUCGUCUUGCGAUGCACGGUUUCCCAUAGGAAUGCAUUGAAAAUCAAUUAAUGCGUUCCUAGGGAAACCGACUUCAGACCAGGUCCGGGACAGUCUGUCCCCCGACCUCUUCUGAAGGCUGGGGGGGGGGACAAGGGCUUUUCUUCCCACUCCACCCCAGCAUUUUAAAACCCCGGGACAGCGGAGGGCUUCUCCGCUGUCCGGGGCGAUCUUAAAAUGCUGGCGGGCGGCGAUUUAAAAUUGCCCCGGGACAGCGGAGGACUUCUCCGCUGUCCGGGGCAAUUUAAAGCCUCUGGGAAGGCAGGCAGGGGGACAAAGACUUUGCCCCCGCCAGCCUUCAGAAGAGGUCCUGGACCUCUUCUGAAGGCUGGGCGGGGCGAAAGUCUUUGUCCCCCCACCUGCCUUCAAAAGCUGUCCAGCCAAGGCUCGCGGACCUCUCCGCAAGCAGCGGCUGGCUCUGCAGUUAUUUGUAUAUUUCCCAAACCCAUUUUUUCUCCAAGAAGUCUUGUUAGGAACCCUCAUUUCAGUCUAUAAAACUUUUAUUUUUUAUGUCAAGUGCAAGAAUUCACAAGAUGCUGCUAUUAUAAUUAUAAUUAAUAAAUAAUAAUAAUAUCAUAAUCAUCCCCUGAGGGGACUCAAGGCAGUUUACAGAUAAAAACAGGAAGAGCUAAAAACAUAGAAAAACUACGGUAAUCAUUAAAAUGCAAUUAAACAUGGAUAGAAUACAUAUAUUGUAUUUAAACAUACAUAAAAUGCAAUUAAACAUGGAUAUAUACAUAUAUAAAAUCAUGGUACCUUCCAGGUAUUGUUGGACUCUAGCUCCUUUCAGCCACAACCAGGUGAGAAGAGUUGUAGUCCAGCAACAUCUGGAAGAUGACAGGUCACAAACCUCUACACUAAUGCAAUCACCCUGUUUGACUCAACCACCCUCUGUUCUUUCCAGGCUUGGGUAUCACCAUUAAUCCUGAAGCCUUCCACAAAUCUGGAGGUACCCCCAAAGCCAGUAUGCUUUUCAAGAAGUUCAUUAGGUAAAGGAUCGGCAGGUCUCUCUCUCCCUCUCUAAUAGAAAUCCCCCACAAAACCAUCUGGCCUCACAGAUUUCUAAUUCUUGAGCUUUUUAAUCACCUGAGAUACCUCCUCCAUGGAGCCUUCUUUGGUCAAAAGAAGUCUGUGCUACACUGUGAUCUGACAGACUCCCACUCUAUUUAGCUGUCGCUCAACAGCUUCAGCUACAGGCUUAUCUGUAGCACAUAAAGAGAUACAGCAGACGGCAAAUCAAUGGCAGAUGUCUUUUGUCCAUAGAUAUGGUUCCCCAUUUCGUUCCUAAUGCAGGUUAUUUUGGCCUUAUUCAUGCCAUCAGACAUGUCGCCACUUCACCCUUUCAGCACACGUGUGCUUAUGCUCACAGAAUUCACAGCAUAUUGUGCCAAACUAGUGUCUGAAAUGUUGUCAUGUUAACACGGUUUGGGCAGGGCGGGGCAGGGCGGGGGAUAUUCCAUGCAAACCACAGGAAACUUACAGUGCAUAAGUCAGGUGAUUUUCCGAGACUGGAAACAUUUUUUUUCUAGAACCAAUAUGAGCGCUAAACUUCCACAAGAUUUCAAGAAGCAGAUUUUUCAUCAAGGGGGGAAAUUCCACAAAAUGCAAAACAGGUAAGGAAACGUUGGGAAGAUGGAAUAAAGUGAUGUUUGAGUGCAACUGUCGUGCAAGACAUCUUCUUAUGUUCAUAUACUUUGAGAGAUAACAUAAAGAAAAUUCAAGUCUGAAUUGCUAGAAUCAAUACUCUACUGUGAGCAAAUCCUGUUGUAACUCCAAAGCAUACAUAACCCUAAACCAGGAAAAGCUGGUCAAUUAAAGUUAUUACUUUAUCUCCUUAGUAUAGUCUCUGAGAUCAACAAAGCAGCUACUUCCUCUGCCAAUCCAACCAACUGUUCUGCACCCAGGAGGCCAGUCAGAUUCUCAGAUAAUGUUCUGAUUAAUUACAUUCUUGAGUGUGUAGUCCUAACUCUCUGAAAUCAACAGAUGUAGCACCACCGUUUGAUUUAGGUAGAUAAAGACUUCAGCAGCGAGCUGUUACUUUUCAUAUACCUGAAGCAACACAUUUCAACUGCUAAAUGUAUGGUAGGGAUGGAAGCUUUAAAACAAAAUCAUGGUGGCCUAUGGUUGGAAACUCCUAAGCACUAGAAGGGAAAUACUGAAUGAACUUCCUAAAGCAAUAGUCAUGGCACUUGGGAGCAUUUCAUCCUAAAAGGCUUUGUUAACAUCUUUUCCUUUGAAAGUUACCGUUUCUUUCCUACUGUUGCAUCUAUUGCCCACCUAUUGUCCGCCCCAAGACAGCAGGAAGCUGAGUUCAAAAAGUAAAGGUAAAGGUAAAGGGACCCCUGACCGUUAAGUCCAGUCGCAGACGACUCUGGGGUUGCAGCGUUCAUCUCACUUUACUGGCCGAGGGAGCCGGCGCUUGUCCGCAAACAGCAUGACUAAGCCGCUUCUGGCGAACCAGAGCAGCGCACGGAAACGCCGUCUACCUUCCCACUGGAGUGGUACCUAUUUAUCAACUUGCACUCUGACGUGCUUUUGAACUCCUAGGUUGACAGGAGCUGGGACCGAACAACGGAAGGUCACCCCGUCACGGGGAUUCAAACCACUGGCCUUCUGAUCGGCAAGCCCUAGGCUCUGUAUAUUCUCAAUAGCAAAAGAAUGCCUGCGUGAGUGCAGGGGUUAUGCUCAUCUUUCAUGCUUAGUUUUCAGUGCACUGGAAGAAUCAAGGUCAUAGUAGCACAACCAAUCUAGUCUCUGGUACAAAUGCUUGUAAGUUGACCUGGCAGCCACCUGGUGCAGCCAGCGCACAUGUUUGCUCUUGCUGGGUUACUCUGUACCGAGAAGAGAAUUUCCCACAAGACUUGACGGUUUCCCCAGAAGCAUUAUGAGAGUAACUGAGAAGGAUUUUGCCUUGCUAGAUUUUGGAAAAAGAGAACCUCGUCACAGUGAUUCAGAAAAGGGUACUCCCUGCUCUCUGUGCCAGUACUUGGACAGCAAACAUCAUCAUGUCUUUAGGAGCAAGAAGCAAGAGAGAAGCAUGUGCUACAACCAGCAAUUACCCAUCACUGUUCGGAUGUGGACACCCAUCUCACUUCAUUCAGCAAAGGUCCUCAGAGCAGGGACCUCGAAGAUUCAAAGGUUUGGUAGGUACAUCAUAUGGGAGGUGUGGUCUUCAGGGCCGGGACAGCUAUUAGGCAGGGUGAGGCUGCCAUCUCAGGCAGUGAGAGGCCCCAAGGCAGUGCUCCCAUGGGUGCCCUGCCUGCCCCACUACUGACAGAGAAGCAGUGCUGGUAUCGGUGCUGAUUUUGGGUGAGAUUGCGACAAUUUCCGUCAAGAUCUCGCUGAAGUCAUGCAUGACAUCUUGUGCAAUAUUAGUGUGAUCUCACCCCCAAAUCAGCGGCAGGUCAGGACUUCCCAUUUCGCCUCAAGCAGUGAAACAGGACACACUGCCCCCGGUGGUCUUCCACGCUUGCCGCAAACUAUUUAAGGCUGACUUCAAACUGGUGUCCUCCAAGUGUUUUGGACUACAACUUCCAUCAGCCCCAGUUAGCACAGCUAAGUUGGCGAAGGCUUGCCUAGGGUUUUAAAGGUUAGAACUAGCACUUUAAAUUGGGUUCAAAAUUUACUUUUCGUUAGCAAACUCAGUGAACCCUAUUUAAUAGUUAAUCUGCUGGACAAUUUUGCUGUACUAUACAGAGCAAGUGCCACAGUUCUUCUCUAUUAACGUAUGAAAACAAUAUAUGUGUAGUCUGAUGCCAUCUAUGAUUACUCUGAAGCAAAUGUUAGAAGCAGAAGUGCCGCAGCUCAGUGGCAGAACAUCUGUUUUACAUGCAGGCACUCCAAGGUACAAUCUCCAGCAUCUUCAGGUAGGCCUAAGAAUGACUCCUGCUUGAAACUUGAGAAAGAUGCUGUUGGUCAGUUUAGAGUCAGAUAAUACUAAGCUAGCUGGAUUAAUGGUCUGGCUCAGUAUGAGGCAGCAUCCUAUGUGGCUAAACAUAUCUCACUCAUUUCAAAAGUAAAAGGUAACCAUGUGGUCUAUAAGUAAAAAAACAGCAACCCCAAAAUCCGUAUUAGGACAAUACCUCUGUUAGGACAACCCAAUUAUCACGAAGUAGUAUGCAAUAUUUUGAGUUCUCCAGAAGUACCGUAUUUUUCACUCUAUAGGACGCACUUUUCCCCCUCCAAAAAUGAAGGGGAAAUGUGUGUGCGUCCUAUGGAGCGAAUGCAGGCUUCAGGCAGCUAUCCGCAAGCCUUCUGAGCAUGGCAGGAGUUCCUGCCAGGCUCCAAAGGCUUGCGGAUAGCAGCCUGAAGCCCGGGGAGCGCAGCGGAUAGCGCCCGAAGGCUUGCGGAUAGCACCGAAGGCUUGCGGAUAGCACCCUGUUCUGGGGGCUGGGGUCGGGGGAAGCUUGGGCUUCCCCUGUCCCCAGCCCCGCAAGCUCUGGCAGCGGCGGCGAGGUUGCGCGCAAUCUUGCCGCCGCUCCUGGACCUGUUCUGGGGGCUGGGGUUGGGGGAAGCUCGGGCUUCCCCCGUCCCCAGCCCCACAAGCUCCAGGAGCAGCGGCAACCUGUUCUGGGGGCUGUUCUGGAAGCUCGGGCUUCCCCCACCCCAGCCCCGUGGCUGGGGAAAAAAAAUAUUCCCCCCCUUUAUUCCCCCCCCCAAAACACUAGGUGUGCCCUAUGGUCUGGUGCGCCCUAUGGAGCGAAAAAUACGGUAUUUAUCAGGCUAGAUGGUAAGCAAAGCAAACUUCGGAGAGGGGAGUUAGCUGAUGGUUUGCCGAUUUCAGUGGUGCUUACAUAGCAUUUAGCUCACAUUACAGAGCAUACUGUCUAGAUUUGUGUGAUGCUUCUCUCUUACUGUACUCCCCUUGCACUCUACCCUCCCUCCACCAGCCUGUCUGAAUAUGAAAGCCGAUCAAAGCCCAUAUGCUAGGGUUUAACAGCUAAAUGAAGUGAGAAAAACCUUCAAUUAGCUGAACAUGAUUUCAUCUCAGAAGGCAAAAUAUUUCUUUCCUCGAGCUUAAAACUAGCAAAAGCUAAUUCAACAUACAUUAUGCAUUACAAUUAAACUUUAGACGAACAUUACUAUCAGCAAAAUGAAUUGGGGGAAAAUAAUUGAAUCAGUAAAACUAAUAAGGGGGGAUGGGGAAAACUAACAUUAAUACAGUCAAUUGACUUAGUUGAUAUACGUCCUGAGCUGAGCCCGUAGAAAGAGGAAUGAAUGGCUUCCCUUUAAUUUGUUUGUGAUCCUCAGUUCAAAAGUGCAGAUGGAGUGUAGGAAACUUAGAAGGCAAAGGGUGGGCAAGCAGGGCUGAUGGGGGUCUCCAUCCAUGGUUUAAAAAAAAAAAAAAAGAUCCAUCCCUCCCACAAACUUCUGAAAUUGCUGUUGGGCAAGGGAAAUCACUAGUAUCAAAGAACAGAAGGAUACUGUUGGAUCUUGAAGUUCAAGUUGCUAAAGGCAUGUAAGAGCAUUAACAAUCAUCAUAGAAUUGUAGAGUUGGAAGGGACCCUGAGGAUCAUCACGUCCAAUACCCUGCAAUGCAGGAAUCCCGACUAAAACAUCCAAGACAGAUGGCCAGCCAACGUCUGCUCAGAAAUCUCCAAUGAAGGGGAAUCCACAACCUCCCAGUUUAAUUUGUUCCCUCAACACAAGCCGAGGGAACAAAUUACAGAUAAUGGGAUAUAACACCCCCUACUUUAAAUUAAUUAGAAUUUGUUUAAAUGAUGACUUUCUGAAGCACACGACUCUUUAAAAAAAUGUUUUUAUUAAGGAUUUUCUUGUUCUGAAGCAACACAAUUUUUUAAGUUCAAUCCAAGCUAUUAGCACCAGUAAGACUGGGGGAGAAAGAGUUGUACAUCCAUCCUCACCCCUUGACCCGCUUGUUUUGUUUUUUAAUUUUCAUUGCAUGGACUCAUGUUCUUGAGGGCUAAGCCCCUUUGGUUUGACAGCCUGAACAGUGUGCUGACACAUGUCAGGUACCGUAUUUUUCGCUCUAUAACACGCACCCGACCAUAACACGCACAUAGUUUUUAGAGGAGGAAAAUCCGUAGGCAUGCCACCCGUAGGCAUUCCCUCCAUAACACGCACAGACAUUUCCCCUUACUUUUUAGGAGGAAAAAAGUGAGUGUUAUGGUGCAAAAAAUACAGUAUUUUUUGUCUGCAAAUAUUUAACCAGAUGCAGGCUCUAAUUCAGCUUCCUGUCUCCUAGCAUCUGUGCACUGAGCCAUCUGCUUUCAUGCAAAGGGGUUGUUGUUGUUGUUGUUGUUGUGUGAAUUGUCACAGCUAAUAUAGUCAAGCAAAAAUUCAGACAGAUUUCUAAAAGUUUACUAAUUAAACUCAGGAUUCAUCUUGAAAAGUAGUUGAAGUUUGAGCAAAACAAAACAAAAAAGGUCAAAUCCUUAUUACUACUUCAUUAAUCAUCAUCAAAUCGCAUGUUUGUAAAAGAGGAGCAUUUCACAACUUGGGAAGAAGGAAAUUAGGUGUUUUAAAUGGAUACCAGGACUCCAAAUAAGCAACAGAAUACAUUUUUUGAAUAAUCAAUAUUAUCCUUUCUUAAUAUUGAAAUAUGAUUUUAACAAUCAUAUUUCAGUUAACACCAUUCAUUUUCAUCUAAGACCUGCUCUGUAUGUGUGUUUUUAAAACUGGUUACUAACUAGGUUUUAAAAGUUCCUGAUUUCAGGAUUACGACCAUUUUAUCAAGAAAUUGAUUAUUUAUAUUAUACAUUGUAGUGAGAAAACAAGAGAAAACAGAAACCCACACUCAUUGCUGUGGGUGCUCUGAUGCUAUGUAUUUGAUUUAUUUACCGUAAUUCUAAAAGAAUUAAAGUAGCUUUGAAAAAAUACACACACACAUAAUGAAAAAAUGUCCUGUAUUUUUCUUUUGUACUGUUGAAUGAAAAUUGUACUACUGUUUUCUUCUUUUCUUUCUGUUCUUUUAUUUCAUGUAGUAUGUUUUUGUAUUAGCAAUGUAAAAGCUUUAAAAUAUCAAAUAAAAGGUUAAAAAAGGUUCCUGAUUUCUAAUUGCUAUGAUCAGACUCCAGAGGAAGAUACAGAUGAACAAUACUGCUUGCACAACAGAAAACCAUUUUCAUUACCGCAGAGAGCAUCACAGUAUUUAUAUACUAAACAAUCUACUAAAUCUCUUACAUCCCAUUUACUCUCCACCUGUCUCCCAGACUGAACAGCCAUACUUGUAAGUAACACAUAGAGUAAUUAGGUAGCAUACUAGAAUUCAAAUGGUUUAACACAUUUGCUCUAGGAAGCUUGCCUUUCCUUGGCAAUCAGAGCAUGUUUAAUCAGGGGAGGAGGAGAGCAAAACAUAUGCUAGAUUAAGUAAAUAAGAGGGAGAUGUAUUUGUGCUGAACCAAUAUUUGCUUUGAAUCUCUGGGUAGCAACUGCAUCAUUUACCAUGUUAUCUGUUCUGAAUAAACUAGGGGAAUGCCUGUCGAUAUGAUGAGUCAGAUUUGGUGUGUUUGGAGGAAGGGCAUGUAUGGUAUAUGGUAGCAAGCAUAUUGUUGAACAGAACACAGAGAUCUUACAUCCCUCACUGGGCCCUUGUUACUAGUCACUAGUAACUUGUCACUUGUCACCUUGUUACUUGUAAAUAAAUAAACAACUAUCGGACUUUUAGAAGACAUCUGAAGGCAGCCCUGUUUAGAAAAGCUUUUAAUAUUUGAUGAAUUAUUGUAUUUUAAUAUUCUGCUGGAAGCCAUCCAGAGUGGCUGGGGAAACCCAGCCAGAUGGGCAGGGUAUAAAUAAUAAAUUAUUAUUAUUAUUAUUAUUAUUAUUAUUAUUAUUAUUAGUUUUGGCUAUAGGACUCUCACACCUCCUUUCCAAAGCAAGAGCUUACUAGGCUUUGGAAAGGAGGCAGGAAGACAACCCCUUGGCUUGGCACCCUGUGCAGGGAAACUGGUCACACUGCCCCUAAAUCCACCUUUGAGACCAGUGAGGGGUGGGGCUUUGGGAGAGUCCGAGGACUGGACAGAGGUGCCUGGAAGGCUACAUUUGGCUCCAAGGCCUGAGGUUUGCCACCCUUGAAUUAGCAUGCAAAAUAUUUCUAAAGGUGUGCAUGGCAGGUGAGAUUAAAAAAAAGGGAAGCCCUGUGAAAUCCAAUCUUUAUCUGCAAUUGAGGUUACCUAUAUUUGAAAUAUAAUCAAAUAUUGAGGGCAAUCAUUCACUACUAAAAUGUAUGUUUGUGUGGCAGAUAAAUUCUGAACAAUAUGAUAUUCAUUCUUCCAAACAGGAAGCUUUUUUAAAGAAAAAACUUAUUGUGGGCUAUACAAUCCACAAUUGACACAUUUGAAGCUGGGGUGCGGUGGGAGAAACCUGUCAGAAAGCCAGAAUUUAGCAAUUAGCACUGAAAGAAAGUUUUUAAUAGCUUGGAACAGAAGUCUUGUGUCACAACACUGCUCUACAGCCUGGUGCAGCAGAAAAUGACUUUAAGGAUGCAAAACAAAAUCCCCCCUUUUAAUGGCUGGCUCACUAAAAGAGGCAUUUGUGUAUAUUUGUCUUGCUUAAGAAGUACUGAUGUAAAGAGGCACCCAAUGGUGAACUGAUCAGCCAUGACGGUAAAACCCAAGCUAAUGGAAAAUACUUCCCAAUAUUACUGCAGAACUUUAAUAGUGUAGUCGGAAGUAAACCCCAUUGUGUCCACUGAUGCUUACUUUCCCGUAACUGUAUUUAGGGCUGCAGCCUUAAAGGACGUCUCCUUCGAAAUUGUUGGUAAUUUAUUUACAGCUUGCAAUGUAAUGUAAGAACGUAAGAUGAGGUUGCUGGAUCAAGCCAUUGGCCCAUCUAGCCAAGCAUCCUGUUCUCACACUGGUCACCAGAUGCUUGUAGGAAGUCUGCAAGCAGGGCAUGAGUGCAACAGCCCAUCUGCAGUUCCCCACAACUGGUAUUCUGAGGCAUAAAAGGGCAUUUUUGACCUUGAGAAGAAGCUGGAACCUUCAGCUAGGAGCAUAAGUAUUUCACAGUGGGGCACCAAGAUUGGCGCUUAUAACUGAAUAUGAAUACACAUCAUUCUGCGAGUGGAGCAUGGUGGGAAGAACCGUGGGACUAUGGGCAGUUGGUAUUUUGGAGUGGAAUUCAGCCACAACUUCAGGUUGUGCAGUUAUAGCCGAUUGACAGGUCUUGCACAACAAAUCCACUUCCCCCAAAAGAUCAGACCUUUUGAAGUGAAGAAAUUUACUGGGAAGUGCGGGAUAUAAAUAUUAGGAGUGAUCAUUUGUCUGUCUGUCUGUCUCUGCUUUCUACCACCAAGGCAAGUAGCUAGGCCUGCAGCAUAGAAACAGCACAAGGCCUCGAACUUUGACAGUUACACUCUGACAUCAACAGAGGCCAUGAAAAUCUUUUUCAAAGCAUGAAAUUUAGACAGCCCUAUACACAGCAUUUCUCCACAGAUAGGUUUGUAGUUUCCUCUGUGUGUAGUAUAAUGACAUCCAUCAUGUCCAGAGGGGUUGUUUUCUGUUGCUUCUUGUCCUCCCAAAGGCACCCGUGGUGCUACCUUGAGUGAGCAAACAGCAAAAUGAAGGAUCAGGUGAAUGAGUGGACAAGUCAGUAGCUUCAGAGCUAGUGUCGGGCUAUUUGGCACCCUAGGGGAGGCUAACCACUUGCACCAAUAAUGUUCUUCUUGCAACCUGGGGAUAACACUUGUUUUGACACAACAGCCAUGUACCUCCCUGCAAACAAAUCAGGAUGACUGCUCAAUGAACAGGUUGAAUGGAAGUGCCCUUAUACUAGGCGUACUCAGUUCAAAUCCACAAAGCUUACUUGGUGUUCCCUGUAAGGUAGCUUAGUAUAAGAUUUAUGCCUGUUGAUUGCCUCUCAAAACUAACCUACUUCAAAGAUACAGCUGUUUUGAAGAUAACAUUGUGAAGGAACCAGCUCCUAUGGGCUGUUGGGGCUUCAGCUCCCAGAAUAAAAUAUUUGAGGGGGCUGGGCCUGUGCGAAGUUGAUGGGCAUUCCCAUUCAAAUGGGGUGUGUGCACUGCAUCAUGUGAUUAAUUAUGUGGGACGGGACUUACCUGCACCCCCAUAAUAUUUUAUUCAAAUUGGUAUCCCUGACACCAAUAUCCUUGGUAUUACCAGGAGCACAAAUCCAUAGUGUUCACUUACCAGAAUAUGCUGCCUAUGGCUUUCUCAGUCCAUGUGAUUCUGCAUCACAGCUACACAAGAGAAAGAGCAGAUACUGGGCACAGAAGAUAGCAGUCUGUGGUCAGUUUUUCAAUUUGCUUUGUAUAUGGUACGAUGUAAAUACCAUGCUACUGCACUUUUGGAUUAUUAGUAAUGUUCAUUAAAUCUAUAGAGAUCAGGACUUCCGGGGUGGCGCCUCCGGAAAAUGGCGGAAUUCCCUUCGGACUGAAGGGAACCCGCUGCACGGAGGCUUGGGUCCUGCCGCUACGGCGCAGCGGGGACCCGCAAAAACCACAGGCGGAAGAAGCCUGUGGACGUGGGACUCGGCGGGCACCGAGAGCGCUCUCUCCCCGGUGUCAGGAGCCCGGUAACGGGCUCCGGAGUGGGAGGUGCGUGGUGCUGUGAGUCGUCUGCUUCCUCCGUGCAGCAAAGCCGCACUGCCGUUAUCGGAGAGCGCUGCCUUUUUCCUGGACAAUUUGGCAUCUAAAACAUCUAUCCGUGAGUACCUGAUCUUGGAAGAGUUGAACCACUUUUAAGACUGGUGAAUAAACAAAUAAUAUUGGACUUGAAAUUGAACUUAAUUGGGACUCGGAAUGGGAAGGUCUAAACAGGAAGUCGCCUUCCGUUCUUUUGUUAUGUGAAGAAAGCAAAGACAAAAUAUACUAAAGCCUGAAAAUUAAAUUCUAAGAGAACUAGAAUUCAACAUCUAAGAUUUUUGAACCCCCCCUUUGAUUGCAGGAGAAAAAGGGGGUUGUAUUUGGACUUUUCAAUCCCAGUGGAAGUGAGUUUAAAUUAAGCAAUUUUCCACCGCCCUGAACCAGGAGCGGGCUGUCAGAAUUGACGUUCUGAAGUUUAUCCAGCUCGACAGUUAGUUAAAAGAAGGGUAACAUUUUGAUUCUACUGUUGCCUCUUGAACUUGGAAGGGGAAUUUUGGAUAAAGUGUUUCUGGAAAAAGAAAGAUUGUUGCUGUUGCUUUUAUUCCUUUAAAAAAAAAAUUCCAUCUAGUGGAAUUUAGUGAAAUUGCAACGCAGAGAGAUUAAAAGAGAAGGACUAUUGGACUAUUCUCGUGGGAAAGAAUUUUCUUUGACCUUGAAGGACAAUGCUAGUACAAAGGCUUGAACAAUUGUUCCUGGAAGGUUUUUCAAAACUAAGUGCCCAGCUGGACCAGAUGCGUCAGGAGACGACCUUGAUGAUGGAAGUUACCAGAGCACAGCAGCAAACAAAUGAAAUUCAGUUAAAGGCUAUACAAGCAUAUGAACCUGCUGUAGUGACGGAGGCUUCAGAGAUGGAGGGACCUUUGGAUGGGCAAGAUCAGCCUUUGAACUUGAUAAAUGAACUUGGGACAAACCAGAUUCGGAAAGAUGAAAUGUGGUCAGAUUUGGAAAUGGGGAUGGAUCGACCCCUCCAUAUGGUUAUUUGGACCUUCCGAGUCUGGUGAUGGGCUAUCAGAGGAUUGGAGUAGCCGAAGUCUCCAAGCUUUGUGGAAAUUUGAAGUGGUAUUAUUUGCUGUCUGGCUUGGGCAAUGGGUUUGGGAUGGACUUGCUGCAAAGGGUCAAAAGCAUUUUCUUGCUGGAGCAUCCACGACUGGAAAGGAAUCAUCAACAAGAGUGGCGAAAGGGGCAAGAAAGAGACUUGAGGGCCUCUGGAUACGAGACAACCAGGUUAAGGAGCCGGAUUACCGAGAUUAAAAGGACUGACAAUCCCGGGUCCAGGGGAGGGAGGUUGGAAGCUGACUGGACUGAAUUUGACUUAUUAUUUUUUCUUUUUAUUUUUAAUAUUGGGAAUCCUUACAAAUGCUUGAAGGAUGUUGAAUGAAAUUACAUGGCUUAAGUAAGGAUUGGUAAAUGAUUUGUAAAAAGGUAAUGAUGCAAGAAUUUGGUAAAUAUUGAAUAUAAGCUAUGAGUUUUAAAGUUUUUAUAUGACAAGAGGGAAAAUAGAAUAAGGAAACGUAAUGACAGAUUGUUAUGAAAAAACAGAAAGGAUUUGCUGUAAAAAUUAAAAAAUUAAGAAACAAAAGAGGGGAGGAGGAGGAAGUCUAGAAAGGAAGUCAAUAGAGAUUGUAAAGGAUUUUAUAUUUUUGUUUUUCUGUUUUUCUUUUUUUUUCCUUUGCGGCUGGGUUUUCUUUUCUUUUUUGUUUAUGUACUAAUUUUGUUUUUUGUAUUCUUAAAUUUUUUUUGGAAAUCUUUGUUGUUAUUUUUUGAAAAUUCAAUAAAUAUUAAUUAUAAAAAAAAAAAAAUCUAUAGAGAUCAGCUGGAGAUUAAUCUAUUAAAACAGUUAGCAACAUUGCCAGUGAAAAGGAAUGCCACACAGCUGUGGCACCAAGGGUUAACCUUAAAGAGCAACAAACACAGGGCCCCUCCAGAGGACCUUUAUUAUUCAGCAUCCAUCCUGAUUUGCUUGCACAAUGCUUAUGCAGUGGUUACACUAUGUUUGGUACUUAUUGAGCAUUCAUUCCAAUUUAUUCAGCAAAGAACAUUCAUCCUGCAUUCACCUUGAUUUGCUUGCAGGUGUUUACACAUCUUCGCAUUAAUCACUCAUUCACCCUAUGCUUUUCAGUCCAUUUACCUAUCACUUUCCAAACCGCAAAAUGUCUGGUUAUUUAUGGAAUGGGAAACAAUGGGGGCAGGGUAAGGACACCAAGAACAAAGGGAUGUUUCUGACCAAACCACAAAGCUCAACAUCCAGGGGCAACAAAGUGCAACACCAGAAUAGUUUUUGUAUUACCAAAGGUAUCCUGCCUCGGUUCCCAGGCUUAAGCACAGCUGUGAAACUUGAGCUUUGCUGCUACAGAGAUGCAGGAUAAACAAUGCCCCAUAAAUAAAGGAGGGGAGGGGACCACUAUGGGAAUGAGCAGAUCUGUCAGUUUUGGUUUCUCUCAGUUUCUCUUUCUCAUUUUGCCAACCUUAAGUUUAAUUUUCCAUACUACCACAUCAGUUAGCAUUUUUUUAAGUUCUCAUGAAUAUUCAUCAGCACUUUACUGCAAAUUUCUUCUAAUGUGCAUUUUUCUGUUCAAUUUUGCCUCAUAUAAACAAUUUUGCAAAGCAACAUGCCCUAAUAUGAAGCAUUUUUGUGUGUUAUUUUCAGCUCUACAUAACGCAUUUUCAGCACACUUUAGUAUAUGCUUUUUUGUACAUAUUACUUAGCUGGAAAAAUGCAUCGCAAAAUCUGGAGAAGUGUGAGUUUUGAAGGAUGGUUAUGUUUCAGCUUACAGCUUAUUUCGAAAGUGUAAAUUAGGUAGGCUCAUCUAGAAAACAAGCCUCCCUCACACAGAAUGGUCACUUUACAGAGGAUGGUACUCUGUUUGAAGGGCUCUGUCCAGUCCAAAUCCCAUAUAAAGUUAAAGAACCACAAGUCUGAAGUUGCCCAAUCAACAGUUUUCACCUGAACAGCAGACUGUGCAGGCACACAACCACCAGGAAAGCUCUGUAUUGCAUUCUAUUUAAAUUGAAGUAAUUAUUUCUAAAUUAGUACCUACAAACAUAAAAUAAAUACAAGCUGGUUGUUGUUGUUUUGCAAAUCUGUCCCCUCCUUUGCCCUCUUUCUUGUGAUGGUUUAGUGGUCCCCCUUACAACCUGAAGAAUUAAAAACCAAUCCCUCUUUGUAUUCUUAAAAUAAAUAAAUAAAUAAAUAAAUAAAUAAAUACACACACACACACACACACACACACACACACACAGAAAGAGACACUGGAAUUAUUCUCUUUUUCAUAUAACUAGGUCUCAUUUUGUUUUCCUGAAAAUCAGUUGAAGAUUUGUUUCCCAUUGCACAAUAAGAUUUCUUACCUUAUGGCUACUGAUGUUUGUAAUGGAUUGUGUCGCUUUCCAUCAAAACUGCUUCAGGAUGCUUUUUGUUUUGCAGAGAUGGAAGGCGCCAAUGUUCUGAUUACUCUGUAGUGUAAAAAGCACAGAAGAGCAGGUGCUUUGGGCUAGCUGGCCUGCGGACAUGAUAAUUAAACAUCCCUUUGGCAGCCUAACCCCCUGCAUGCCACACAAACAGGCCUCAGCAGGGUUCAAGUAAAUUAAAAGCAUUCACUAGGUCUUUUCAUAUAUAAAUAACUUUUAUAUAUUUCUUCUAAAAAUUAUCCUCUUCCAUUGGGCAUUGAAUCAUUACAAUGCAAGAUAUCUUAGGACGUAGAUCUAUUCUAUUUCCCUUUAAUAUAUAUAUUGCAGGAGUUGGUCUAGAUGACCCUUGGGGUGCCUUUCAACUCUACUAUUCUAUGUGUAUAUAUUUAUUAGCACUGUUACACUGAUUUUUUUUAUUUUUUGCUAUUGUAUGUUUUUCUCACGGCUUUUGCUAAUUUUGUGCUACUUUUAUAUAAUGAUUCUUUUACUUUUAUUAUUGUAUUUGUAUUAUAUAUUUUUCAUGUGUGAGAUGCCCAGAGGUGACAGAUGAUUGGGCAGGAUAAACAUGUCGAAAUAAAAUAAAACAAACAGGGUUCAACAGGGUGGAACGUGAGACUACUGCAGAAGGGCAUAAACUGGCAGAAGCCUAAGCAUAAUGUAGUCAAAAAAAUUGUCACUCAAGCUUUUGUGUGGUUUGCUGUGCAAAUGUGGAACUGGGAGAUAAUGUCUAUUCCAUUCAACCCAUGUUUACUCUGUGAGAUCCCUCCCAUCCCAAGUGCAUGUGUAUGGAUUUGGGCUGCUAAUGUUUCCCACUGAAUCCUCACCUCACAGCCUCCUGUGGUCUGAGCUUAAUUGGUUCAUGAGUUAACUCUUUGUUCACAGAGCAGCAUUGCACUUGUAGUGAAUCAAUCUAUGUUCCUACAUAGGAACGUCUUAUAUCAGCUGUCAGCCCAUUGGUCCAUUGUAUACAAUGGGUAGCAGCAGCUCUCCAGAACUUCAUACAGGGGUCUCUCGCAGUCGUACCUGAAGACUGAAGCUGAGGCCAUCUGUAUGCAAAGUAGAUGCUCCACCACCAAGCUAUGACCCCAUACCUCAGAACAUAAGAAGAGCCUGCUGGAUCAGGCCAAUGGCUCAUCUAGUCCAGCAUCCUGUUCUCAUAGGGGCCAACCAGAUAUGUACCUGUGGGAAACCAGCAAACAGGACCUAAGCAUAAGAGCAUUCUCCCCUCCUGCCAUUUCCAGUAACUGAUAUUCAGAAGCAUUGGUACCUCUGACCUACUGACAAGUGCACAUGAUUGUGGUGGCUGCUUGAAAUCUGCUAGUGUUUGGGAGAGGGACUUCCCAUCUGUGACCACUUGUUUCUGUAUAACUACAGCUCAUGUGCCACAAAAUCCUUGUUUGUGGCAACAGUAUGCAAAGCAGCUAGCUCUUAUGGCAUUUCAAGAAGCCACAAGUCCUAAAUGUCAGGCCCUAUCCACAAUACCAAGAUUUACGUUCUUCCUAAAAUUGUGCUAAAUUCUUAUAACAGUAACUUUUUUUCAAACACACACACCCCAAACUGUUUCCGGUAUCAAGCACGUUUUCUAAAACAAAAUACCAAAUUACUAAAUAGAGGUAAUAUAAAAUUUAGCAGGCAACCCUGCCCCACAAACUUUUUUGCCCUGCCAGGAAAAUCAGCAAGUAGAGAGGCUGUCCCUCGCCCCUUCUUCCUCUAUCAGAAAAACCUGGCUACAUGAUCAACCAUAGCAGGUUCGCACUGGAGCAUAGAGCUUUGAAUACUUAGAGGAGCAAACACUACACAAUAUCCUUGGAACAACAUUGUCACCCAGGCAGAGAGAGGCAAUUGCCCCAGAUGCCCGGGGGCAGCACUGAAGAGCCCACCCAGCCAUAUCUCCUGAGCCAUUCCUUUCCAUUAGAGAUCAGAGCUGUGUGGCCUGCCAUACUAGCCUGCUGCCCUCAGGUGCCCCAAAGGGCACUUAGGCCACAUCUACACCAUACAUUUCACACACAUUUAAAACACAUGGCUUCCCCCCGCCCCCAGAGAAUCCUGGGAACUGCAGUUUGUUAAGGAUGCUGGGAAUUAUAGCUCUGCCAUAGGUAAAACUGCAGCUUCCAAGAUUCUUCAGGAAAAUGUCAUGUACUUUAAACGUUUGGUAUGGAUGCUUCUCAUUUCCCGUUGCCGAAGCAGCAUUCAAUCACCAGUCCAAUCAGUUUCUGCACACAUGAAAUGGUUUGCUCCUGCCUCAGGCAGAACAAUGUCUUGGGCAAGCCCUGACAAAUCCAUGGUGUGGUUCACUGGGGGAGCCCUGAGGAUGCCCAUGUACAUUUGACAGGAAGGCCAGCAGAGGACAGGAUGGCUGGGAUUCAGGGCAAGCAUGCACAGUCCCACUCUCUCAAACAUUGUUUGAGAAGCCUAGGACAUCUUCUGAGCAGGACCCAGAUUCUGCCAUUGUCCUGCCUAGGAGCGGAAGUGGGUAUAUCAGGCACAGAGCCCAGCAUAGUAUUUGCAAGAUUGGAAAUGGUCCACGGAGACUGGAUUAGAAGGAACAAGCUUUGCUUACCAGUGGGCUGCUUGCAAACGACAUAUUGCACAAAAACGACAGUGGCCAGAUCUCUUCCAUGAUGACUCUGUGACUCUUCUUAGCUUCCUUUUCCCGCUGGUUUCAACCUCAGCUGAUCCCACUCCCUCAUUCAACCAUUUCUAAAUCACUUCAGCUCCUGCACACAUUACACACAGUAUGGCCACCCCCGUAGCAGGUUUUGUGGGCUUUUCAUUUUUGAAACCUGCCGAUUAAACACAAUGCCAAUGGCUUCUAAGGAAGGCAGGGACAUGCAAGGGAAAAAAUGGUCCCCCAUCCUCUUCCCUAAUUAGUUAAGCAGGAAGAUUGAGCUGAAGGCUGAAAAAAAUAUGACUUGUAAACUAACAAAGCCAAACAGCUCUUUAGGACCCUCUCGGCCUACUAACAGCUCUGUGGUGAUAUCCCUUGAAGAGGUUGGUUGCGUUUUGGAGGGAAAUUCUCUUAACUUUUCCUAAAAGUUUUUCAGAAGUUUUUGAGAGAACCACCUUUUGGUUGUGCCCGUUUGGGAACCUGACAGAAAGUUAACUGAGUAGAGUAAAGUUUGAGGCCCAGGCCAUUUCAAAGGCCUCCGUUGCCACAGCAACCGGCCCCCUCCCCCACCCAGCACCACCAGGGCUCCUUGCCAUGUGAGCUUUGCUGUUAAAGGCUUGGAGGGGUGCUCAAGUCACCCACCACCACAGCUCACAGUCCUUUGUACACACUGUCUGUCAGUGGUCUGGUGAAUUUAUUGCAUCACCAAGGCUUCUUGUGCCAUUGCAUGCAAAUGAUGCCUCUUGGGAGAAGAAAGUACCCCUAAAGGGGACACCCAUUACAAAACCAGCAUCCUGAAAAGUCAAAAGGCAUACCUACCUCUGGGAGGAUCCUUCAUGCUACAAAGCUGAUGAUGAGCCUUAAAGCGACAGGGAGGAAAAGAGGCAGACCUCUGCAAUAAGCAAGGCAAAUCCACAGAACACAGCAGGGCUGGGCUACUAGUUUGCCUCUCCUACUUUUUGAAAUCUGCAUCCUCUGAGUGUUGCACAAAAACCUCAGGAGGGACCUGCUGCCCACCCCCUCUCCAAAACAGAUUCUGGUGGGAGUGCCCCAAAACCAGAUUCAAACUUGCCGGCCUCGCACACUCUAAAGCCAACGCCAUUAACUACAAAAUUUAGAAAAGAGAAAUAGAAGCAAACUGAAAUCCUGAUUCCCCUCCCCUUUUCUCUUGCCCUUCCUAUUCUGAGCCAAUACCAAUGCAUUGAAAAGGUGGAGCUUGCCUUUUAUUCCCAUUAAUCCCCUAACAAUAAGAAAUCAGAGAGGGAUUUAGAAUUUAAAAAGAUGGAGGCUUUUGAGAGGCACUGUCAACGAUCAUGCUAAACAGAGAAAGCAAGGUCUUGGAUCUCUUUAUGCUAAGUAACCAACACUGGUGGCUGGCAGGAAAAGAAAGCUGGCUAACUGCUGCAUGUCCUCAGCUUUUACAAGUGUGAGCAAUUUAUCUUAAUGUUCAAAGACCAAAAGAUAAGCUUUCCCCGCCCCCAACUGUGCUUGCAUCAUAUACACAAGGAGUUGCUAAUGCUGUGUCCAAAUGUUGGCUCACCUCUGGUGCUUCAGAGGUUGCUGGAAUGCCAACUUCCUUCAACCCCAGCCAGCAUGACCGUUGACUAACUGGAGUCACUCCAGCAAAAGCCUAAAGCUCCAAUGAUGAGCCACUCCAGACAUAUACUGUUAUGUACUGAAGUUCUCACCCUGGGCCAGCAGGGGGAUACUGUAGAUAGUUAUGCAAAUGAAGGAUCGAAAAGUGACGUUCAGUGAUUGGAUAGUUUUAUAAUGUUGCAACAGUUACAAUUGUUCUGUAGCUCUUAUGUAAGCAGGCUGACUGAGCUCCUCAGUUUAGUUCUGUUCCAGCUUACAAAAUAAAGAGCUGCUUCGGAGAAAUCGCUGUGUCGACUGCUAUGUCAACCCACAACUUAACAUAUACCAACAUGCAUAUGGUGGAUUGCAGUAGCAGCUCCCCUCCCUAUAUAAGUCUUUAAGGCUAGGAUGGGAGGUCUGUAGCCUUUGAUGUGACUUUGAUUCCCAUCAGCUCCAGCCAGCAAUGCCAAUAGAGGGAAUAGGGCUUGUAGUCCAGCAACAUCUGGAGGGCACUAGGAGUAAUGGUUAGAGUGUUGGACUAUGACCUAGGAGACCAGGGUUUGAACCCCCACUCAGCCAUGAUGGUGACCUUGGGCCAGCAACCAUCUCUUAGCCUAACCUACCUCACAGGGUUGUUGUGAGGAAUAAAUGGGGAGGAAGAAAAAACAUAUACACCACCUUGAGUCCUUGGAAAAUAAAGGUGACAUAUAAAGGAAAGGAAAUAAAUAAAUAUGCCAUUAUUUACAGAUGACAGACCUCGAUUAA